AUGCCUACUUAUGCCAAGUUCAUGAAGGACAUCAUUUCGAAGAGGCGUACUGCCGACACCAACCCGAUUAUUCUAACUGAAACUUGUAGUGCUAUUUUGCAGGGUAUGAAGAUUCCGAUAAAGAAGAAAGAUCGAGGAACUGUUAGCAUCCCUUGUACUAUUGGAGAUAGGUCAUUCAACAAAGCUCUUAUUGAUCUGGGAGCUAGUGUGAGCCUCAUGCCGUUAUCCAUUUACAAGAAGCUUUGUAUAGGGGUUGUGCAAGACGCCAGGAUGACACUCAAAUUCGCCGAUCAUUCGGUCAAGAAACUGUAUGGUAUUGUUGAAGAUGUUCUUGUGAAAAUUGACAAGUUUGUAUUUCCGGUGGAUUUUGUAAUUCUUGAAAUUCCUGAAGAUGAAGAGAUCCCUCUCAUUCUUGGGAGACCCUUUUUAGAAACGGGAAGGUGCUUGAUAAACAUAGAAGAAGGAACCAUGACGUUGAAGGUUUAUGAUGAGGAAUUGAAAAUCGAUGUUCGAAACACCAUGAGGUACAAGGAUGAUAUUUGUACCAGUCAUACUAUAGAGGUUUUGGAUCAGUUAAUGACAUAUGAUAGUCCUUUGAAUGCACCACAGUCACCUUUGGAAAGAGUGUUGAGUUUGUCCAUUCUCGACAGUGAUAAAGAAGUGGAAAACGGGGAAUUUGAAGUGUUGGCCUUGUUAGACGCACAACCUCCGUGGAAAGGACCUCGACCACGCCGGUGGGAGGAUUUACGCCCACCUCAAUCUAGUGAGAAGGAUGAAGAGCCAAAAAAGGGAACAAAGUUGAAACAACUUUCUGAGAAUCUUAAAUAUGUCUUUCUCGUUUCUAAAGGAAAAUGUCCUGCUAUCAUAAACUCGAGCCUACAUAAUAUCCAAGAAGAAAAGCCCAUCCAAGUCUUGAAAAAGUAA